GAUAAAUUAUGACUAACAAAUGUUUUAGAUUAAAAAAAAAAAAUAUGAACAGAAGGAAAGAUAAAUGGGAUAUCUGUCGCACAUGUGGUAAUGCAGGAGAAAUUGAAAUAUUUGGCCGCGAUGGAGUGGCUUUGCAACUAGAAGAAAAAAUUAAUAGCUACCUCCCUAUUACGGUAAACUUUAAAAUAAAAAUUAUUUUAUAAUCUAAAUUUUUUUAAGUAUUGAAUUAAAAAUUGUAUUCUAAUUUGUUUUCCUAUUUUAUUAUUAUAGGUCUCCAAUAAUGACAAUUUACCUCUUAAGCUAUGUAAUGUAUGUAUCAACCGGCUUGAAAAUUGUCAUCACUUAAUUCUAUCAACUAUAGAAAUGAAUAAAACAUUAGAAGAAGUACUGAAAAAAAGGCAAAUAAGAAAUAAUUCCUACAAUUUUGUAAGUACUUAUUUAUACAUUUAUCCAUUCUGAGUUUUAUAUUAUGUAAGACACCUGCAAUGUAUACAAAACAAGUCACUGUAUUCUUAAUAGGUUUGAUAUUUCCAUAUUAGAAUUAAUUUGUUUUCAUAUUUUGAUAGGAAAAUAAUGAAGACGAGACCAAUGAAAUUAUGGAACAAGAAUCUAUACAAUCUAUGGAUAUCAUGGAUAUAAAUUCUGCUGAUGAUGAUGUUGAAGAUGACGGUAUUGUUACAGUUAAGGAAGAAUAUUUAGACGUAUUUAUUUUGUUUUAUGAUGAAAUUGAAUAAAUAUUAUAACUCAACCAUUAAAAAAAAAAAUGUUUUAUUUAAACAAUAUUUUUACUUUAGUAUGAAUCUGUUGAUGUUGUUAAUGUUGGUACUGAUGAAUGUUAUGAAGUAUUAACUGAAGAACUUGAUUUGGAAAACUCCAAAGAAGAUAAUGACAAUCAAGAAAAUGGUAAAUUUCAAUGUGCCAAGUGUCAGCGUGUUUUUGAAUCGGAGACCAAAAUGCGCCGUCAUAUAAUUAUUCAACACAAUCCUGGCGAGAUGGAAUGUUUUCAUUGUUUUGCCAAUUAUGAAUCCAUGUUGCAUUUUGAACGCCAUGUGUCUACACACUUUGUUCGAAAUGAAUAUCUAUGUGACUUUUGCCCUACCAUGUUUAACCGUGUAUCUGGACUACUUGAUCAUUUGGUUAAACAUAAAAGUGAACGUCGAAAAUUUACGUGCCAAGAAUGUGGAAAAUCGUUGGCAAACCGGCUGUCUUUCUUAAUUCAUCAACGAACUCAUACUGGUGAAAAACCCCAUGCAUGCAAAUUUUGCGAUAGAACCUUUUCACAGGUGAAUAUAAUGAAAAUGUACAUUUUAAUUUUUAAGUUUUAUUUUUGGUGGCAGGUUGUAACAUUUACAUAAAGUGUUGCAAAAAUAAUUUUAUAAGAUACCUUUAUAGGCUGGUAAAAAAAAUGUUAUAUUAUGUACAGAUCCAUAAUAAUGGGCUUUAUUUUUAUUUUUUAAGCUCUUUUAGCUGUUUGCCUUUAUAAAUAACAAUAAAAUUGGAAAAAAUGAUUGUACCUAUGUUGACAGCAUGACACGAUAAAAAUAGGCACAUUGUACGCAUUAUUGCUCCAAAAGAAAUGCUUUAUUGCCACCGUGUCGACACAUGUUUCUUAUAUUUGUAUGGCUGUCCAAAGCACAAAACAUUUGUACUCUGAAAACUAUCUAAUUAUUAAUAGACACACUGGUGAACACCAAAAUUUUCUUUUUUAAUUAACAAUUUUUUUACUACACAGACUACAUAUUUAAUAACCAAUUAUAAUUUACUAUAGAAAUCUAAUAAUUUUUUAUAAACAUUAUUUUGAGUAAUUCAUGUGCUGCUGUGCUCCAUAGCACAAAUCGGCAAUGACUUUUAUUAAAGAUGUAUUAAAGGUAUUUAAGAUGAUAUUCUGUUAUAACAAUUUGUAUACAAAUUUAUCUAAAUUAAUAAUUCAUUAAUUAGUAUUUUAUUUAUAAUUUAUUUGAUAAGUUUAUAACAAUUUAAAGUUUAGUACGGUGAUACCUAUAUAGACUGAGGCAAAAAUAAAUAUUCUAUUUUUAGCCAACUCAUAUUUAUUCAUGUUUAAAUUAACGGUAAAACUUUAUUAUAUUGCCACAUUUUGUUAUUAUAAGCAAAAAUGGACACAAUAGCAAAUGAAGACAUUUUAUUCCAAAGUGCUUUAAAAUUAAAUUAAAUUACAUCUCCUGGGACAUUUAACAUUAUUAGCGUCAAAACAAUGGAAAAAUAGUAGAGAUAUUGGAAUAAUGUUUUAUUUUCAAAUAAAUUAAGAAGCAUAAAACCCUGAAUCAAAAAAUGGAACCUUUCUCCAAAUCUAAAAAGAUGGGAUGAAGUAAUAAUUACCUGAACCAGAAUUGGAUAUAUGCACUUAACCCACUUAUUUUUCAUUACCAAAGAACUGGCUCCAAUAUGUGACACAUGCAAGGAAAACAUAUCAAUCAACCACAUAGUGAUCAAAUGUCCUAAAUAUACCGAAGCAAAAAAAAAGAUUUUCAUACAUUUUAAACGUAAGCUAUUAACCACGGCUGUUGAAGCCUUAAUAUAAUAAAAACAAAAACAAAUAGCAAAUAUAAAAAAAAAAGAUAAAAAUAAAAUUUAUAUUGUUUUUAUUAUUUAUUGUUAAUUUAAGAAGGGUUAAGAGUUAUAUGGUUUACAGUUUGAAAUACAAUUUUGUAUGAGUUGGAACAUGUUUUCCAUCUGUUUAGAUAGGUAUAUUAAAUAUAAAAUAAUGAAAGCUAAAUUGUUGCAAUAAUGCAUUUAGCAUUAAUAUUUUUGACACCUAUCUGAUGAUUAUUUAAGUGUUAAAUCCAAUCAAAACUUUUUUAAUUUAAUGCACACAAUUAUUAAUGUUUUUUUUUUUAAACUUUUUACAGAUUUCUUCAAAACAGUAUCACGAACGAACUCAUACAGGUGAAACAACCCAUCAUUGUGAAUUUUGUGGCAAAGGAUUCAAUUCGAAAUUGACGCGAGAUACACAUAGACGUAUUCAUACGGGUGAACGUCCAUUUGGAUGUAAACAGUGUAAUGCUACUUUCCGAUGUCUGGCUAAUUUGCGACAACAUGAGAUGGUUCAUGCACCAGUAAAGCCGUUCCAGUGCGAGGUUUGUUUAAAGCGUUUUGGGCGGCCAGAAAAAGUGCGUGUUCAUAUGCGUACACACACUGGUGAAAGGCCGUACAAAUGUCCCAUUUGUGGUCGUGGUUUUACACAAAAGAAUGAUAUGCUCAAACACACCAAUGUGCAUAAUAAGCCAGCUCGACGGUCUAGUGUUCAAAAUAAUAAAAAUGAUGAUGAUAAUCUAAUAGUUUCUGUAGGCAACACAGAGCGAUCUAAGUAUGUAGAUAUAAAUCAACUUAAGGAAUUAUGUUUUGAUAUAAACACCAAUUAUGAUUGUUCAGAAAAUGAUACCAUUAGUAGUUUAAUGGGGGAAUAAUAAUUCAGUGUCUUUUUAUUUAAAUUCUGUGGAAAUAAUUGUUGAUAUCUAUUAAACUAUUUAUUGUACUAUAUUAUAUGUAAACA